AUGAAGCUCGUAGUGUCCAAGCAGCACUCAUUUCCAUGGUUUGGAAUGGAUAUCGGUGGAACAUUGGUUAAACUGGUCUAUUUUGAACCGAAGGACAUUACUGCAGAAGAGGAACAGGAGGAGGUGGAAAACCUGAAAAGCAUUAGGAAAUACUUGACCUCCAAUACAGCCUAUGGUAAAACUGGCAUUCGGGAUGUCCACCUUGAACUGAAAAAUUUGACUAUGUGUGGACGCAAAGGAAACCUGCACUUCAUCCGCUUUCCCAGCUGUGCCAUGCACAGGUUCAUACAAAUGGGUAGUGAAAAGAACUUUUCCAGUUUGCACACUACGCUCUGCGCCACGGGAGGUGGAGCUUACAAGUUUGAGGAGGACUUUAGAACGAUUGCUGAUCUACAACUUCAUAAACUGGAUGAGUUGGACUGUUUGAUCCAGGGCCUCCUUUAUGUUGAUUCUGUUGGUUUCAAUGGCCAGCCAGAGUGCUAUUACUUUGAAAACCCUACAGAUCCUGAACAGUGCCAGAAAAAGCCUUACUGCCUUGAUAAUCCAUAUCCUAUGCUGCUUGUUAACAUAGGCUCAGGGGUCAGCAUCCUAGCUGUGUAUUCUAAGGACAACUACAAGAGAGUCACAGGAUCCAGUCUUGGAGGAGGAACAUUCCUGGGACUGUGUUGUCUGCUGACUGGCUGCGAGACGUUUGAAGAAGCACUAGAAAUGGCUGCAAAAGGAGACAGCACCAAUGUGGAUAAGCUGGUGAAAGAUAUUUAUGGAGGAGACUAUGAGCGGUUUGGCCUUCAAGGAUCUGCUGUAGCCUCAAGCUUUGGUCAUAUGAUGAGUAAAGAAAAGAGAGAUUCCAUCAGUAAAGAGGACUUGGCCAGAGCUACUUUGGUCACCAUCACCAACAACAUAGGUUCUAUUGCUCGCAUGUGUGCAUUGAAUGAGAACAUUGACAAGGUUGUAUUUGUUGGCAACUUUCUCCGAAUUAAUAUGAUUUCUAUGAAGGUGCUAGCAUACGCUAUGGAUUAUUGGUCCAAGGGACAACUGAAAGCUCUGUUUUUGGAACAUGAGGGUUAUUUUGGAGCUGUUGGAGCUCUUCUAGAGUUGCUUAAAAUGACAGAUGAUCAGUGAUGAAGCUGUCUGAAGAGAUUCCUACUGCAGAUGCUGCUGGAUAAGAUUGAAAGACACUACAAGGAUGGAAAUGAAGCCAUUAUGGUAGUUCUACCUGCUGGAUUUGUAAAUAAUUUAAAAUCCUUUUAGCUGAUCUUAACUUCUGGGUUUUGAGCUUAUACUUCAGAAUUCAUACUGGGAAUAACAAGAUUUUUUUGUUUCUGUACACUGUAUUUUUUAGGGGAAAAAUGUGCAAAGUGGCCAAACAUACAGAUUUUAAGAUUUAUUUUAAAAAGUGGAUACUGUUUAAUAUAGGAUCUGUGAUAUGAGGCAUCUGCUUUUCUUCUGGGGUUUACUGAUUAGUGUGGAAAUUUUAACUUCAUUUAGUAAUCACUCUAGGAGAUUUUUUUUAUCUUAUUUUCAUGACGUUUCAUGAUUUGUUCUUGGUUUCAAAUGAAACUACAAAGCUGAUGCAUUUUGAUGUGAAAACUAGUAAUUGAUUUUUUUGCCUUUCCUUUCCUCACUAGAUGAGACACUUCUAUUUAACAUUUCCCUGCUCCCUUGAAAAAAAAUAUAAAU